GCCAAUUGUGGAUCAUUAAGGAAAAGUAGAUAAUUAACACCAAGGAAGAAGAAACGCUACCUAGCAUGGGUAUUGGUGUUAACUGGUUUCAGAUUAUUGUGGCACCUUUUGAAUUUUGGUCCUAAAAAAUGAACCACAAGUCCCGAACCUGCCGGUGCUGGAGCUUUGUCCUUCUCGUUGUUUUUACCACCACGGAGAGCCAGUAUGCAUCGUACGAACCCCCCAAGGCUCAAGGCCCGAGCCGGACGUCUUUUGGUUUUGUCCAGUCUCCUUUCUCUAUACAGAAACAUAACAUUCAAUCGAAACCUGUGACUGUAAAGUGUCACUCGGACGCUAUAGAGGUUGUGGUUCAAGCUGACUUGUUCGACACGGGCCUUUUGUUGGACCCGGAGCAUCUGCAUCUGGGUUUGAAACCAGCGAUUGAAGGGCGGUCAUGCCGUGCUUCACAGACGAGUGCGGGGACGUUGACUAUCCUCGCAGACCUGCUGGACUGUGGAACUCGACUGUCGUCAACUGGAGACAUGCUCAUUUAUUCUAAUGUGUUGGUCUAUUCGCCCAAGCCAUCAUCUGAUGGCUUGAUUCAACUGGAUGGAGCAGCUAUCCCAGUCGAGUGCCAUUUUGACAAGAGGUAUUCAGUGGAUGGAGUUUCCCUGCAACCCUCCUGGGUUCCUUCGGUCUCUGUGGCCUCAGCUCACCAUCAUAUAGCCUUCCAUCUGCGCCUUAUGACUGACAACUGGCAGUUUGUGAGGCGGUCUCAUACAUACUACUUGGGUGACCUGAUGCACUUUGAAGCGUCUGCUGUGGUUCGCAAACACAAACCCUUGCGAGUCUAUGUUGACCAUUGUGUGGCCACAGACACUCCUGACCCGCAGGCCACCUUAAGAUACGACUUUAUCGCGCGUAAUGGAUGUCUCACUGAUGCUUUCCUGACAAACUCCAGCUCUCACUUCCUGUCCAGGCUUGAAGAGCACACGCUUCGAUUUCAGCUGGACGCGUUUCGGUUCCACCAAGGGCCUAGCAGUCAGGUUUACAUCACCUGCUGGUUGAGGGCAGUUCCAGUGACGUCAGCCAUCAGCUCUCAAAACAGGGCCUGCUCUUUUGUUGGCAACAGAUGGAGGUCAGUGGAUGGUGAAGACCAGGUCUGUAGAACCUGUGAUCAUCUUGCAGUCAAAGAAGAAACAACCAUAGUUGGAGAAACGGAGCAGUCUACGAAUUCAAAACAGAAUUUUGCUCUGAACAAACCAAAACACUUGACUAGUUCUCUGCAGGUCCGCCCUAGAAUGUUCCCAGGCCACAAAUCUCAGCUGUCCUCUGAACCGAUGACGAGAGAAGUGGACUCUAAAACAGAGAGAAUCGUCCAGCUUGGACCUCUUACUGUCAAAUAGACAGUCUCUAACAAUACUACUACAUCAGGACCUCUAACGUGUGGUUGAGAGUGGCAAUUUCUCUGAUUUGACGGGCCAAGUGGAAGAUGAAUCCGUGGAGGUCACUUGGCUCCAUGCACAGGACACUGAAUUCAUUUGAUCUCUAGGAAUCAUUUAACUUCUUUCUUGCUUAGAAUAUUGUUUGAUAUACAUAUUUUUCCAAUAUAAAUUUUUUUACAUGA